UCUGUUUAGUGUUGUUUAUAUUUAAUUUGUUGACAUUGAAUUCUAACCUAAAGCACUUGAUUUUAAAAAGAUUAAUUAUUCGAUUAGCCCUUAUUGAUAGAAUUGAAUCUAUUAUCUUUAAUAUCCUAUAAUCUGUUUUACGUAAAUUUAAAUAUGUUAGGAGGUUUGAAUUCGGCAUCAUAAUAAUUGAACAAUAAGUGUUCUACAUAUAUUUUCGGCAUAUUGAAAUGUUAUAGUAAUAAUUUUUUGAAAUGUUUGUAUUAGCCGAAAUGAAGGACGUUAUUCGCGUAACACCGGAUCAUUUCCAUCAAAGUUUAACGGAAUCUAUUACGACUUUACUUAAUAGGAAACUCGCUAAUAAGGUUGUACUGAAUGUGGGACUAUGCAUAGCUCUUUUUGAUAUUACUCAUAUUGGGCACUCUUACAUAUUCCCAGGUGAUGGUUCCUCCCACACUGAAGUCAAAUUUAGAUAUAUUGUAUUUCGACCAGUAGUUGAAGAAAUUCUCAUUGGCAAGAUUAGGAGUUGUAGUAGAGAAGGUGUUCAUGUUACAUUAGGAUUUUUUGAUGAUAUAUUAAUACCAGUGAAUGCUUUACAACAUCCAUCUAGAUUUGAUGAAAAUGACCAAGCUUGGGUUUGGGAAUAUCCUAAAGAUGGCGAAAAGCAUGACUUAUUCAUGGAUUCAGGAGAGAAUAUAAGAUUUCGAGUAACGAGUGAAGCAUUUGAAGAAAGUUUGCCAAUAGGACCACCAGGAACUGAACAUGCAGUGCAAACUGUUGCCCCUUAUAAAUUAGUUGGUGGAAUUAAUGAGCCCGGACUAGGGCUCCUAUCUUGGUGGGAGGCACCAGAACAAGAUGAUGGUGAUGAAAAUGAUGAGGAACAAGAAAAUGAUGAAUAAAAUAUUAAAAUUCAA